GUCAACUCGAAUAUUAUACGACCUUGCUAUUUAGACGGUAUUAGAUCGCCUUGCCUCUAUCUCUCCUGUCAAACGACGACGUCCUUACAACAACAAAAGGGGUACAGGCUGUUCACGACUAAGCAAUGGCUACCCCCAUCAAGAUAAGACUAAACGGACUGGACAUGGUGGUUGAUGCGGUACCGCUUGAAUUGGAAGCGUUUAAGCCAUUUGGUGAUGCGGUUGCAAAUCCACAACCCAACCUCCACCCUGCCAUGGCCGCAAAGGCCAACGACACGGCAGGCAUGCCCUUCGAUGCCAUUGUCGCCAACCAGGGGACGGCAAUCAAGUACCAGCACGUUUCACGGAUAGAAAACCUCUACGACCAGGCACCGAGCGGCCGAACCGGAGUGGCCGUUUCCAACAUGUUUACGUGUGCAUCACGGGCGCUCCCUCGGCGACUCGAAGCCGGGGUCGAGCGGGAAGUCUUCCCGGUCACCGUCCUCGAGCGCCAUCCGUUUACCAGUCAAACAUUUGUCCCACUCCGUGCCGAUCCACAAAGCCGAUACUUGGUCGUUGUCGCCCCAAACCUCUCGCCGAGUGCCCAAGACCAACAGCUGCCAGUUCCCUCCUCGCGGCCUCCUGGCACGAUCGCUAAUCGAGAGUUGCCGGGUCGAGGGCUACCCGACCUAAAGGGCCUCCGUGCUUUCAUCGCCACUACGGACCAGGCUGUAACCUACGGGGCAGGCACAUGGCACUCCCCAAUGGUGGCCCUUGGCCCAGCUGACAAGGCGAUUGAUUUCUUCGUUUUCCAGUUCGCCAACGAGGUCUCCGUGGAAGACUGUCAAGAAGUUUUGUUUGGUCCGUCCACUAUCACGGUCCGCCUCCAACCUCAAUCGAGAGCGAGUAAACUGUAAUUAAAGAACGCAUUGCCGUGUGGGAAUACCAUUGCCUUGAUGGUUACAUGCAACUAGCAGGCCGGCGGCGGUUACAUCAUUGUUGGACGGCCUAUGUGGCGGCUGAUAAUCACCACCAGCCUUAUGCACAAACAGAUAAAUGGGAGUUUGAAUGCAUGGAAUUGGUGGGGCAUUAGUAAGUAGAGGUAGUAAUCAAGUGUCUCGGUGUUUCGCGGAUGGUACUUGGUGUUGUAGUAUCUACAAAUAAUCUACCUUGGUGUACUAAAAUGGGUUUGUAAAGCCGAAGAUGAGUUAUGGAAGGAGUGCCCAAUAGUACUGUAUCGACCGUUUUAUGACAUAUGUUGUCCUUUCAGU